CACAGGGCGCGCAGGCGCGGUGCGAGCGGGAUGGCGGCGGGACGAUGCUGACGCCUGGUAGCGCAGGCUGUGCCCGGCAACAGCGACACGGCCAUGGCCCGGCUGGCCGACUACUUUGUGCUGGUGGGCUUCGAUCACGACAAGCGAGGGAGUGGUGAUGGUCAGGGACGGAUUAUCCAGCGAUUUCCUGAAAAGGAAUGGGAAGACAACCCCUUUCCAGAGGGCAUUCAGUUGUUUUGUCAGCCUGGUGGAUGGCAACUGGUCCUUGAAAGGAAAUCACCAAACUUCCUUGUGGCUGUUUUAACAGAUAUCAACUCAGAACGGCAUUCUUGUGCAUGUUUCACCUUUUGGGAAGCAGUAGAAAGUUUACAGCCCCAGCAGAACCAUGCAAAUGUCACUGAAGAAGAAGACUCAAAAUUUAUCCAGGCUCCACAGCUAUUUGCCCCAAAAAGUCUGGUUCUAGUUUCACAGUUGGAUCAUACUGAAGUGUUCAGGAAUUGCCUCGGACUCAUCUACACCAUUUACAUUGACUGCCUGGAUUUUCCGUUGGAGACGGUGAUUGGGAACCUGCUAACAUGCAUCGUUCCCAUCACAGGAGGAUCUCAGAGAACAAUCUCACUCGGAGCAGGAGACCGUCAAGUGAUACAAACCCCGAUCAAUGAUGCGCUGCCAGUCACUGGUUGCAGUGUUGCACUAUUCCUCAAACAAUUGGGUAUUAACAAUGUAUUGGACCUUUUCUGUGCUGCCCUAACCGAACACAAGAUUCUGUUCCUGUCCUCCAGUUACCAAAGGCUGACAGAAGCCUGCCGAGCACUUCUUUCCCUCAUGUUCCCUCUAAAAUACAGUUUUACCUAUAUUCCAAUCUUACCAGCACAGUUAAUUGAAGUGCUGUGCAGCCCGACCCCAUUCAUCAUUGGAAUUCACUCUUCCUUCCGAGCAGAUAUGCAGGACUUGUUGGAUGUAAUUGUGGCUGAUCUAGACGGUGGCACAGUUGUAAUCCCAGAGUGUAUCCACAUCUCCGUUCUGCCAGAGCCGUACCUGUACCAGACACAAACUGCACUUUGCAUGGUUUUGGACCCAGAGUUAGAGUAUGCUGAUUAUGCCUUCCCACCUUCCUCUAUGUCAGCGUCUUCAAUGAAAUUCCAGGAUAAAGAAAUCCGAGCUGUCUUCCUGCAUUUGUUUGCACAACUGUUUCAAGGAUACCGUUGGAGUCUGCAAAUCAUUCGUGUUCAUCCUGAGCCAGUCAUUCGUUUUCACAAGGUAGCUUUUUUGGCACAACGAAUAUUGCUGGAUGAUGACUUUCUCAUUAAAGUCCUUGAUGGAAUGGCUUUUGCAGGAUUUGUAUCAGAAAGAGGCUCCCCGUAUCGAGCAUGUGAUUUGUUUGAUGAGUUGGUAGCAAAUGACAUAGAGAGAAUUCGAUCAGAAGAGGGAAACCCACAGAAGGUUCUGAAACACAUAAAGGAAAUAUCGGAAAAGCUUCACCGGAAUGAGAACCCUUAUCCAGCAGUCGCAAUGCACAAAAUACAGAAACCAACUGAGGGAUCCCACUUGCGGUUGCAACGAAGCACCUUCCCUCAACUGGACGAAGGCAUGGUGCAGUGGUUUAUCGACCAGGCCUCAGCCAAACUAAAGAAUGUUCCACCUGCUGUUAAAGUCGAGAUGAAGUGCAUAGUGCCCAUGGGACAUCCAACUGCUCUAAUUGAUCGAAAUGGUAUCAUCCUCGCCAACAGUGCCCGACGGUUAGAGGUUGUCAGGAAUUGUAUUACAUACAUAUUUGAAAAUAAAUUGUUGGAAGCCAAAAAGUUGCUGCCUGCCAUGUUGAGAGCCCUCAAGGGACGUGCUGCUCGACAAUGCCUCACCCAAGAGUUGAAUUUACACGUUCUGCAAAAUCGAGCGGUCCUCGAUCAUCAACAGUUUGACUAUGUUGUCCGGAUGAUGAACUGUGCACUACAGGAUUGCACACCAUUGGAUGAACAUCUAGUUGCAGCUACUCUCCUCCCAUUGGUUACAGCUUUCUGCAGAAAACUGGGUUCUGGCGUCACACAAUUUGCCUACAGCUGUGUACAGGAACAUUUGGUAUGGACUAACCUUCAGUUCUGGGAAGCCAUGUUUUACAAUGAUGUACAGAACCACAUCCGAGCAUUGUAUCUGGAAAUGGAAUGUGAUCAUCUCACAGAAACAGGUUCUGUCAAUGGUGAGCGGGAGCAGAAAUCAGCACUCGGGGUGGCAGCAGAGCAAUUGCGUCUGUGGCCAACCUACAGCAAAGAGAAGCAACAAGAACUGAUUGAUAAAGAGGAGAGCACAGUAUAUAGUCAGGCCAUUCACUAUGGUAAUCGCCUCACCUACCUGCUCCUGCCACUUGACACCAGCAAGAAUCGCCUUCUUCGUUCCACAGCCAUUGGAGACAUGGAGAGUGUCAGCAACAGUUUUGUAACAAACAGUAUUGCCGGCAGUGUAGCUGAGAGUUAUGAUACUGAAAGUGGAUUUGAGGACGCGGAGACUUCUGAUGUGGCAAAUUCAGUCGUUCGAUUCAUCAACAGAUUUGUGGAUAAAGUGUGCACGGAGAGUGGUGUCAGUAGUGAUCACCUGAAAGCACUUCAUGCCAAUUUACCAGACAUUGUACAGAUGCAUAUUGAAACAUUGGAUGCUGUUCAUCGAGAAAGCAAGCGCCUGCCUCCCAUUCAGAAGCCUAAACUUCUGCGCCCCAGUCUACUAAUUGGUGAGGAUCUGGUAAUGGAAGGACUGCGAGUAUUUAUGGAGCCUGAUGGACGGGAAGAAUCAAUGGGAGGUUCAGUGGGAGGUCCAAGCAUCCUUCCAGCAGAGGGUGCCAUUUUCCUAACCACCUACCGCAUCAUCUUCAAAGGGGUUCCCACAGAAACCCUGGCGGGGGAGCAGACUGUGAUUCGCUCGUUCCCUGUUGCCUCGUUCACGAAAGACAAGAAGAUUAGUCCGCAUUUACGUGCAGAGCAAGAACCUCAGGAUAGGCUCCAAUUGCGUUCCUCCACUUUUCAGUUGAUGAAAAUAGCUUUUGAUGAAGAGGUGGGAUCUGAGAUGGUGGAACUAUUUCGGAAACACAUCCACAAACUGAGAUAUCCGCAGUACGUGCACAGCAGCUUUGCCUUCACUGUUGGUCAGUCGGUUAAGCAGGUAAUGGAGCCAAAGCAGAAGGAGAAGAAUCCAUCACUGAGAACCAUGUCCAAGAAUAUCAUGAAGAAUGCAAAGAAAACAAUUGGGAGGCAGUACGUCACCAGGAAAAAGUUCACACCUCCAACACUGGACCAACGGGGCAUUCCUGCGCAUGGUGACAAUUUAGACCAAAUUUCUGUUUCAGAUGAGAUGGAGCAAAGUGCAUUGACGCUUUCCAGCACAAUUAGAUCAUCAGAUAAGUCAACCAUGAGUCACAUGAUAGAGCGAGCUUGUUGCCGUGACUAUCAGCGCCUCGGCUUGGGCACGCUCAGUAAUAGUUUGACGCGGUCAAAGAAUGAACCAUUCCGUAUAACAACAGUAAAUCGCAUGUAUGGUGUCUGCAGGAGUUAUCCCAGCCUCCUGAUUAUCCCACAGACGAUACAAGAUAGCACGAUGCAACGCAUUUCACGGUGUUAUAGACAGAACCGCUUCCCUGUUGUGUGUUGGAAGAAUUCACGCUCUAAGUCAGUGCUUCUGCGAUCAGCUGGACUGCAUGGAAAGAGUGUUGUUGGCUUCUUCAAAUCUCAGAAUGCACCAACUGCAGGACCUUCGCAGACAGACUCCACCAGUUUAGAGCAAGAGAAGUAUCUCCAGGCAGUGAUCAAUUCCAUGCCACACUAUGCAGACACGGGUGGGCGCAACACUCUCAGUGGCUUCACUUCUGCUCACAUGCACAGCUCAGACUCAUCUGAUAAACAGAGGCAGCCAAAGAUUGGUGUACUGAUAAAACAGGUGAUGGGUGGAAAGGAAGAUGUGCCGAGUACUUUCAGUCGCGGAGUAUUAGGAAACAGAGCCAGAGUCAUCACUCUGGCAAAUCCAAGGGCCACAUUGAAGGGGAGAGAAAGCCCUCAAGGGAAAUGGGGCAGUAUCCGGGGUAGUGGACGAUUGAGUGCUUAUUCCUUGAAUGCAGAUGUGGGGAUCCGAUUAGCAGGAAAAGAAACAUUGUCGCUGCAGGCAAAUGGAGGUCCAUCAGACUCGCACUAUUUCAGGCAGCAGCGAGUCGGCCUAUACAUCAUCGGGGACAAGUCUCAGCUAAAAGGGGCAAAACAGGACCCGCUGCAACAGUGGGAGGUUGUCCCUAUUGAGAUAUUUGAUGUACGACAGGUGAAGAACAGCUUUAAGAAGCUGAUGAAAGCAUGUGUGCCAAGUUCAGCGUGCACCGAAUCGAACACAUCCUACUACCAUUCACUGGAGGAAUCAGACUGGCUCUCACAGUUGCACAAGUUGCUCCAGGUCUCAGUGCUGGUUGUUGAGUUGUUGGACAAUGGAUCCUCGGUGCUCAUCAGUCUGGAGGAUGGCUGGGAUGUAACCACUCAGGUAGUGUCCUUAGUGCAGUUGUUGUCUGACCAACAUUACAGAACAUUGGAGGGCUUCCGUCUUCUGAUUGAGAAGGAAUGGCUGUCAUUUGGGCACCGUUUCAGUCAUCGUGGUGCUCAGACAAUGGCCAGUCAGAGCAGUGGCUUCACACCAGUCUUCCUACAAUUUCUUGACUGUGUACAUCAGAUUCAUUUGCAAUUUCCGAUGGAGUUUGAGUUCAGUCAAUAUUACCUAAAAUUUCUGGCAUAUCAUUACGUAUCCAACCGCUUCCGAACUUUCUUGCUGGAUUCUGAUCAUGAAAGGAUUGAACUUGGACUAAUGUACGAAGAGAAAGGUGAGAAAAAGAGCCAACACAUAUACAAAUCAGUGUGGGACUACAUUGACAGACUGAGUAAGAAAACGCCAAUCUUCUUCAAUUAUCUGUAUGCACCCGAAGAUGGAGAGGUUUUGAGACCAUAUGGAAACAUUUCCAAUCUGAAGGUUUGGGAUUAUUACACACACGAGACACUUUCUGAAGGGCCACCGUAUGAUUGGGAGCUGGUGUAUGGUCGACGAGAACAAGUGGAUGACGGGGAAAGAAUGGAUACCAUGGCACCACAGACUCAUCGCAAGAUUGUCUGGCCCUGUUAUGACAACCAGAAUAAGACAGAACCUGAUGCUAUCAGUAAACUCUUGGAGGAGAUGCAGAUGCUGGAGUGUGAGCUGGGUCAAGUGCCAGGUAAAUGGAAAGAGACUUGGGACAAGAUCAAAACAACCCAGCGGACUGAGAGCAUGCAGGAGGGUAAGCACUUGUCUUCAAGUUCCCUGUUGAUAUCAUCAAGCCUGUCACACCAUCGGCGAUCGCAGUGUGUUUAUUUGCAUGAGGCAGCUGUUGGUUCCACUUUGAAUCUAAGUCUGGACACGGACAGCAGCACAACGUCCACUCCCUCCAGUGGUAUCAUGGGCCGCAAGAGCACAAGCACCUUGUACAGCCAGUUCCAGACAUCAGAAAGUGAACACAGGUCAUACGAGGGAAUACUGUACAAGAGGGGUGCUUUACUGAAAGCUUGGAAAUCGCGCUGGUUCGUACUUGACAAAACCAAACAUCAGCUGCGAUAUUAUGACAGUAAAUCAGACGUCGAUAUGAAAGGAAUUGUGGAUCUUGCAGAGGUGGAAUCUGUUACUUUGGGAACUGUGGCAAUGGGAGCUCCAAAAAAUAUUGAGGAAAAGGCCUUCUUCGAUUUGAAGACGACAAAAAGAGUUUACAACUUCUGCGCCCAGGACUGCCAGAGUGCCCAGCAGUGGAUUGAUAAAAUUCAGAGCUGCUUGUCAGAUGCGUGAGCACUGCAGACAAUGCCCAUGUAUGGCUGGGUAGAGAGCUUGUAUCAUCGGGAUCUCUCACUAAUGGACAACCGCUGCUGUACUGACCCAGAGCAUAGCGGGAAUCAGUAACUCUCAGCCACUCAAUCACAGUCCGUAAGAAUUGGGUGACAGUGAUUGAACGUCUUGCUACCCACAUCAAGCAUUGACGCACUUGUGUAUUUGUUGACGGAAGUCUGUUUGAGAGUCAGGAGCUGUUCAGAGAUAGUCAAGAGUUGUACAUUUUUAACCACUAAAGAUGGUACAGAUUAGAUUGAGAAUAAAGCCAACACAAAACCCUUUAAUCCUUUCUUCCUCAGAAUUUUGGUGCAGAAAGAUUUCCUCUGCUGGUUGUGUUAGGGUUGACAUUUUAGGUCACCAUUGCAUAACCUAAAUAUCAAAGGUUAAAAAUCUCUUACACCAAUUUAAUUCAGAGGUUCCAGGGCAUUUUUGUGGAUAUAUUGUGUUUUCAGAGAGGAUGUGGAUUGAUGAUCCUCCUUUCAGCUGUUUCUAUUAUUGACCUUGUGAUAUAUUUGUAAUUAGUGUUUGCAACAUGCUUAUUCCCUUUGUGUGAAUCUGUAAGCCUGUGAGGCAAGCAGGAGACCUUAACGGUUGGAGGAUGCAGUUCUUGCAUCAAAAACAAGUUAAUUCCAAAUGAGUGGAAUGUUUAUAAAGUCUCUCACCUUCAAGUGAAUUCUGUAAUAAAAAGAUAGGCUUUAAUAAAAGAUCUCAGUCUGCUGCUCACAAAUAGAUUUGGGAAUAAAUCUUGCUCGGGUCUGAUUUUUGAUAGGUUGGUGCCCUGAGUGAAAUCCCAGUCCGACACAGCUGAGGAAUGCUGCAGAAAUCUGCAAACAGCUUUGCCAAGAGGAUAACUAUGGCUGUUUGCAGCCAGUGGGACAGGAAUGAGUACAGAUACAGUGUGUGUUGAGGGAGUGUCAACGUUCCUUUAAAAUGAUUUGAUUCCUUCAGACUGCAUACAGCAAUAGGACAACGAGGGACGUUUGUGUGAUUGGUCUACAUUACCUUAUGCAAAAGAGGUUAGGACUUGACGAUGGUAUAGACUCAAUGUUUACAGAUACAGCUGUGAAAGGGGGUGUGCGGUGAAGGUGGAUUGACCAACUCUUUCGUCCAGGCUGCCACUAUCCCUCUACCUCCCAACUGGCUUUGUCUUCCCUUCCAUUGAGUCAUAAUGGCACAUAUUGAUUCUGUUGAAUUUCAAAAGGCAGAUGGGAUGGGUAAGGGUACCUGGGAGUGGGAGAAUGAGGGAGCUGCUAAUGCCGCUGGGUGGCUGCACAGAAACAUCACAGCUGUGAGAAUAUUCUAGCAGUGUUGUAGCGUUAAUUCUGUUGUUAGUGAUGUACAGCUGUACAUAGUUUAAUCCAUGUUCUAUUUAUGCAACAGCUUCCUAAUUAUCGAUGUACAGGUUGAAUGAUAUUUAGUUUAUGUGUCCACAUAUAUUUGCAUCAUUUCCAGUGUUUCUUUGAAGAAAGCAAAGUCACUGAACCAGCAGUACAGUACGCUGAUCGAUGGCUCAAUAUUGUGCAUCCUGCCAACCCACUACAAUAGAGAUUUCAUAAGCAUAUCUGCUCUCCUCAAACAUCAGGAAUCAAUAACACGAUUAGUUUCAGAGUUCACAGUGCAGCAUCUCACCACUGAUUUUCACCAUUCUAGACCACAGCAGAUGGGUUAUUUGACACAUCCAAUUGGUAGCUCUUGACAAAUCUGUCCAAAAGUAGAAAAAUCCAUGUGUUGAGGGGAGUGAAACUGAUGGCCCCGUGACUUGGAGUCCCAACUUCUCGCAAUUUGUGUUCAAAUAUAAUUAGGCUGUUUCAGUAUACGGUUUCCAGGUACAACUUAUCUUGUUGUUUAGUGUAUUGUGACUGCCAAGUUAGGAAUACUGAUUCUAUCUCUCAACUCAUUCUUUCUCACAGUUUACAGCUUGUACUUAUGUGAUCUCACUGUGCUAUUCCAGUGUCUUAACUUCUGUAAUGUUGUUUGUGGUUCUCUGCUGUCAGAUCUUUGAUCAGAUUAUAUUAGACAAACUUGAUUCCAGUUAACAUCUAACAUUGUUCAAGUUUUACAGAGUCACAAUAAGAGACCUGGGGAUUAUUGCUGGCCACACUGAGAGCCUGGGAGGUGCACAUUGUGUUUGUAGAAGGAAAACACUGCCCUUAAAAUAGUUGAUUUAUUUCAACCAUUUGUGCAGGUUUGGCAUGAAAACUUAUAUUUCUGACAAGUUCAACAAGCACUUGAUCUCCCAAUAUCACAAAGCAUUGAAAUAUAUUCUAAAGCCUGAAAUAACUUUUCCAGUAUUAACCUUAACAUAACCAUCCAAAUUAAAGGGCGUUUCAUUAAUAUUUCAAGUUGGAGCAAGGUGUUGGAAUGAGUGGAAGUGGCCUUUCAUUCCCAGUUAAUGUGCCUCAUUGUCAUCCUGCUCACAAGACUACCUCACUGAGGUUUUAUUUUACUGCAAUACCACGCUGGUUGUACUUUGUACAGUGCUAGAAUAAAAACAGAAUGUGUUGGAAAUGCCCACCAGUCUUUCCAAUGAAUGGUACAUGAAACAUGCAUUUUUUUAAAGCAAUUUUAGAACUAGUGUAUUUCAAUUUAUUUUCAUUUCUUGGGAAUGCACUAGAAUUAAUACCAUGUCCCUCAAUGCAAAUUAUGGAAACUGAGUAAGAUCAGUGAGCUUCCAGUAUUGCUUACAGAUAUGGGCUAUGGAUUAGUACCAACAUAGAUGCAAGACAGUACAAAUUCCUGUCUGUGGUUGCUUGUUUGCCCCAACAUUUUUUUUUUUUUUUAAAUAGUGUAUAUUGUGUUCUCAUUUGUUCAUGUGGGAGAGCAUAUUCAUACCCCAUUCAGUGUGUUCCAAAUCAACCAGAACAAAUGUCAGGUGCAGAAUAAUGCUUGCUUUAGAUUAAUUUUCUCAGAUUAAAUUUAACAGUUUGCAGUUCAGGUUAAGUCCAGAAUACAGCCCACUCUCUACUGUCCCAUCAAACGCUGCAAACUAGAAACAGUAUUGAGAGAUGUAAUAAAGCUCCUUUUCCAUUUAUUAAACUAUCCCAGGGCCGAUGCGGCAUGGAUGGGAAACUUUCACCAUGCUAUAAAAUACAGGUGGGCCCAGGUAAAAAGGUUUUACCACAUUUUUACAAUAAUGUGCAUAACCUUUUAGAUUACUUUUCCAUCCACCUUCUGACAUUCCUUUUCCAUGUGUCAGCUGAUUGGAAUAUUCUUGGUCAUCAGAAAUGAUUUAUUUUUGCUGUGCCUAUUAUAUGGGGUGUGAAACCCCCAUUGUGUUUAAUCCAGUGCAUGAGACUGCGGGAAGAGCCUGAGCAAGAUUGAGAACCAGGUACCAGUGAGAAGUGCACUCUCUCUAGUUUCCAUAACUGGCUGCUACAUUCUACAUCACCUCAUCAAAGUUGGCUUGCAAAAUCUCAAGGAUGGAAAAGAACACCAACUACUUCAACUCUCCAAAGGGGCAUCGGCUCUCUUCAGAUCUCCCAUAUUAGAAAGUUCACUACUUUACAGGGAGAUUGGUGUGAUCCACUCUUGUUUAUAGCUUCUCUUCAUGUGAACCAUCUGAUUCUGCAGUCUGUGUUUUGUAGAACAAUCAUAAGAAAUGCAGACAAUGGCAGCAACUAAUUAUUUGCAGAAACGUGCAAAUUGUCUAGUUGGUGUCUGUUUACCAGACUGGUGUUAGUUAUUGUGUGCAGUGUGUGAUUUGGGGAGCUGACAGUAGGAAAUCACGGUAGAUGAAGUAACAGCUUAUUUGGCACUUCAUGAGAACAUUUUGGCAUAUUGAGCCAUUAAUUUUUGGAUUUUUAAAAUCCUCUGUUCAGGCUGUUUAGUUUAAGCGAUGUUUUCUAUCCCCACAUUUAAAAUCAUUUUAUUCUUGCCCUAAACUUUUAACUUUGAAAAUACUUUUAUUUGAAAUGAUAAAUUUGUACAUAUUCUGAAUUUACAUUUCCUGUAUAAAGAUGGGCGAGUCCAUAUUGUAAAAUACAUUAACCAUGUAGAGUUUGGGAUUUCUAUUAGACUCUGUAUUGUUGUCUCCAAACUGAGUCCUGUAUUGUGCUUAGAGAAAGAGAAAAACUGAAGUUUAAUAAAAUAUAUAUUAAAGUA